UACCUUUAUGUUUUAGUAGGAGGGUUUAUCAUUAUCAUCAAAUUUUUUUUCUUCAUUCAGCUUCCCUUAUUCUCCUAUCACCAGUCUCUUGCCCUUCCAUAAAGAACGACCAAAAAACCCAAAAGUACACACCAAAUUAUCGUUCUUCACAUUCCUAAGAAUGGGUUCCAAGAAGUUCUAUAUUGUUGCAAUUUUCACUCAAAUUAUUUACGCUGGAAUGAGCUUAUCAUCAAAGGUUGCCUUCGCUACCGGUAUGAACACGUAUGUUUUUCUUUUUUAUCGUCAAGCUGCUGGUAGUCUCAUCUUAAUUCCACUAACUUUACUUUUAAAAGGGAAGGAGAAGAGGCCAUUGUCGUUGAAACAACUCUGCCAUGCUUUUUUCAUUUCAUUGAUAGGGAUAACUCUUACCAUGAAUGCUUACGACGUGGGUAUUGAUUACACAUCACCAACUUUUGGGGCUGCAGCUAUUAACUGCAUUCCUAUCUCAACAUUCAUCUUCGCAGUCACAUUUAGAAUGGAGAAAGUGAACUUAAAGAAAGCAUCAGGGAUAGCAAAGGUGGGAGGAAUGAUGAUAUGUGUGGGAGGGGCAGCAAUACUUGCCUUCUACAAAGGACCAUAUCUAAAGCCAAUAAUAUCACAUCCUAUUUUUCACUUCGAGGAAUCUGAAACCGACAUUACGACAACAUCUCAAAAGUCAUGGAUGUUGGGGUGCUUCAUCCUGCUAGUAGCUACAAUGGGUUGGGGGAUUUGGUAUGUGUUUCAGGCUAUGUUCUUGAAGGAUUAUCCUCACCCAGUUGAACUCAUGUGCACCCAAACGGUGAUGAGUGUGGUUCAAUGCUUUGUUGUAGCUAUUAUUGUGGAAAGAGAUCAUUCAGAGUGGAAAUUGGAUUGGAAUGUUAGACUCUAUGCUAUUCUAUAUUGUGGCAUUUUGGUGAUUGGAAUUGCAAACAAUGCACAAUGUUGGGUAAUAAAAGAAACGGGUCCAGUUUUUCCAUCCAUGAUGAUGCCCAUUAAUUUAGUCGCAACCAUCAUCGGUUCUCAGUUAUUUUUGGCCGAAGGAAUUUAUUUGGGAAGUGUAAUCGGUGCCAUUUUACUAGUAAUAAGUCUUUAUAGUGUUUUAUGGGGAAAGAGCAAAGAGCUUGUGGAUACUCCAACUAACCAAGACCAACCAUUCUCUCCAGAUUUUCUACCACAAAAAGAGUCUGAAGAACAGGACAGUCGUUCUCAAGUUGAUACUCUAUGACAGUCUAAAAUUACAUGUCCUUGUACUCGUUAACUUAUUUUCAUACUAUAUUAAUUAGUUUAUUUUCUUUCUUUUUUAGUUGUAUUUUUUUAUCCAUGUAUGCAGUUGAUAGCUUGAUGAAAUACAUAAAGAAUGUACUUUCAACCUCCUUGUUAGAGGUUCAAUCUUUUGUAAGACGAAUGAUAAACUUUAAACGUUGUCGAUACUUCAAAUUAAAAUUGUUGUUUUAUAAUUA